UGCUGUCUUACCAACGGAUAACCUUAAUCAAUAUGUCAAAGAUCUAAUUACAUCGACCUAUGAUGGCAUGAAAAAUGAUAAUUUCGUACCUGAUUAUGUUGAAGAAUACAAUAGAGAACCCACGACUACCGAUUUGUUAUCCCACGCAUUGAUAUCCAGAUACUCAUCACGCUUCACUUUGUACGUAGCGGUUUAUGUUGAAAGGUCAACCGAGCUUAGUCGAUCAGAUGUCGACCGAUUAAUCAAUCAAGUCAACAGUUAUUACACUCUGGAAAAGAUUGGCAUUAAAAUCGAUAUCAGAGUAGCACGAUAUGAAGUUAUAGGACAAGGUUCAUGACCAUGGCCCAAGCAAACAAAAGAAGAAGUCAUGGCAAAAGAUGGGAUACCUCUUUAUUUUUAUUAAACUCAAGGUUUUUUGGGCAUGAUCAACAACGAAAAAGAAGUUUUUUGAAAGGAUAUGCUUCCAUGGGUACUUUGUGUUCAGAAAGAUCGGUGGCCAUUAUUUCAGGGACUAUGCAUACGUUCGUUAACACUAUAGCUCAUGAAAUUGGACAUAAUUUUGGACUGAAUCACGAUGAGCCCUAUCGUUGCGGAUAUUCUCACAUAAUGGCGCCAAUGUAUAGAGCUCAAACAACGUGGUCAAGUUGUACCAAAAAUGAGCUAAGGAGCAAAAUCCAUAAUUAUAGAUGCCUUCAACCCGAACACGAUAUAUCAAAUGACAUCGACCCAGCCCCGAAAUACAGAAACUCCAGGACUAAGAAGUACGAAUACAAUUUUGACUAUAGUCGCAAAAUCCCGGAAGACAACUUUUAUAAUUUAACGCCGGAUGCUGCCUGUGAAAUACGUUUCGGCAAAAAUUAUAGGCACUAUGGAGGGCCAUCUCUACAUGCUAAUCUGUGUACUGCCUUGCUAUGUUAUAAUCCUAAUAUUAAUGGAUUUCCUUUGGGUGAUCAAGCAGGAGCUCCGAAUGGCACUAUUUGCGGUGUCAAUAAGAUGUGUUCUAAUGGUAAAUGCGGUAAUACGUAUAAAAGACCCCGUGUGCAAUUUUCUUAUCAACUACUUGACACAAAUGAAGAGAAAUCUAGUGACGAUGGUAUUUUAUUGCUGGAUGAAGAUUUAAUGUUAAAUCAGCAUUUAAUGAACCGAUUGCAAGAUCCUAAAAAGCGAAAGCAGCUAUGUCUCUCAUUAUGCAUCAAUAGCGGUAUCUAUAAUUCUACCGAUAUGAAGAUGAACGACAACGCAUGCGACUUAUUUAGUAAAUGCUUACAAAUUGAUUCCAACAAAUACUACUAUUUUGCGCCAAAGCAAAGAUUCCUUAUUGAAAAAUAUGGGCACGAAUGCAGGGUGAUGAAUGACUCCGCUGUCAAGCCUCGGAAAAACGUGGUUUGCCUAACCAAUGAAUCUAGAACUAUCUUAUUUUGUUUCGAUCGGCAGUGCAUAUCCCAAUCACGAGUAUUCCAAGAAGACUCUCAGGCAAAAAACAGCUGA